UUUUAUUUUUUUUUUGCUUUUUAGGGCUGCACCCAUGGCAUAUGGAAGUUCCCAGGCUAGGGGUCAGAUCAGAGCUGCCAGCCUGUAACACAGCUCGUGGCAGCACCAGAUUCUUAACCCACUGAGCAAAGUCAGGGAUCAAACCCGCAUCCUCGUGGAUCCUAGUCGGGUUUGUUAACUGCUGAGCCAAAAAGGGAACUCCAGGAUUGAAAACUGUCAUGUGUCGUGACGUGCAUCUUCAGGUUCACGUGCUUGUGCUGGAAACCUCCAACAGGAGCUCUGGAAGUUUAACCCAUAAUUGGCGAGGGCUUCCUGUAACUCAUUUCAUCUCUCUUCCCCACUUAACUUUACUCUUUGAGACAGGAGUUUUUUCCUUAUCUGAGCUUAAAUUAUUAUUUUAAAAAAUGUCUCCACAGUUGCUGCUGAGCUAGGACAUAAUAGAUUUUCAGUGAAUGUUGAAUGAAGAAUAAAUGUCCUGAAAUUUAAAGCUUUUGUUGUUUUACUAGAAUCAUUUUUAUGUAUUAUUUAAUGGCAUCAUUUUAUUUUUAAAAACCUCUUCUGCAUCUAGAAUGUUAUAUGAGUCAUGAUCUAGGUCAUCUAGACAAUCCUGGAAGCUAAUGUCAGCCCGUGCAGUACACUUUCUGGCUGUCCUAGCAAAUUCUGUACCCUCUGGGGCCACCUCGCAGGCUGCUAAGACCGGAGUAGGUUUUGAGCAAACUUUGCUUGAAUAGAACUGAUGAUGACAAACUGAGUUUUCUUUUCAGAAAAUGCCUCUCUUCCAUAGGUUUUUAGCUAAUUUUAAUAUGUAGUCAAAAUGAAAGCUAACUUUUCACUGAGAGCCUUCCCAAAAUAAAUAUAAUUUGACUACAGAGUCCUGCUAUCCCUCUGUUAACUAGUGAUGUGUGUUUCGAGCUCUGGUGUUCAGUCCAUCACUUAGCCGUUGUCCUGGGCUCUUUGUUACAGUUGUGAACGCUCUUGUGAUGAUAGAUAUAUAUUCCCUAAAGAGUAUACACCGCAGAUUAUCCAUCUUUAUGAUGCAAAUUCAUCAAAAUUGGACAGAUGUAUGUGUUUAGGAUAUGAAAUCUAGAACAUUUUUUAUUAAUAUUAUGGCUAAGUUUGAAAUAAGAAAAACAGAAACAGACCUGAUUAUGUCAAUAUAUGCCUAUUUUUAAAAGGGUGAACUGUUUUCAACUGUUUAAGCAAACAGCAUUUCUUUGACACAGAUUCAGUGUAGGAAAGCAUCCUUCUUUCUAUUGAAAAUACUGCCAGUGAAGGUAGAUGUUCCAUGUCUGAUGUUUUACUAGCAAAACAGACAGGUUUUCCCCCCCUUUUCUCCUUUAAUAAUUCACAUAGAGGUAAUGAUUGGGACACUUUUGCUUCUUCAUUUUUAUCUGCAAAUAGAGUGUGAGAAAACCAGGGCCACCUACUUCAUAUGUGUAAAACCACCACAGAGCAUCUUUGCCUGGGGGACCUCAGGUUACAAAAGGCACUUUCCUCAGCCUGUGCCCCAGAGGAAAAAGAUCAUUCAUAAUUUCACAAGGCGGAUCCAGAGCAAAAUCAAAGAUCUUCUACAGCAGAUGGAAGAAGGGCUGAAGACAGCUGAUCCGCACGAUUGCUCUGCUUACACGGGUUGGACAGGCAUAGCCCUUUUGUACCUUCAAUUGUACCGGGUCACAUGUGACCAGAACUAUCUGCUCCGAUCCCUGGAUUACGUAAAAAGAACACUUCGGAAUCUGAACGGCCGGAGGGUCACUUUCCUCUGUGGAGAUGCCGGGCCCCUGGCCGUCGGAGCUGUGGUGUAUCACAAACUCAAAAGUGAUGGCGAGUCCCAGGAAUGCAUCACAAAACUCCUGCAGCUCCAGAGAACCAUCGUCUGCCGCGACUCGGACCUUCCCGAUGAGCUGCUUUUCGGCCGCGCGGGCUACCUGUACGCCUUGCUCUAUGUGAACACGGAGAUGGGUCCGGGCGCCGUGUGCGAAUCAGCCAUCAAAGAGGUGGUCGAUGCUAUUAUUGAUUCGGGCAAGACUUUGUCAAAGGAAGAAAGGAAGGCCGAGCGCUGCCCCCUGUUGUACCAGUGGCACAGGAAGCAGUACGUCGGAGCCGCCCAUGGCAUGGCUGGGAUCUACUACAUGCUAAUGCAGCCAGCAGCAAAAGUGGACCAAGAAACCUUGACAGAGAUGGUGAAGCCUAGUAUUGACUACAUGCGCCACAAAAGGUUCCGAUCCGGAAACUACCCAUCCUCGUUAAGCAACGAGACAGACCGCCUGGUACACUGGUGCCACGGGGCGCCCGGCGUCAUCCACACGCUCAUGCAGGCGUACAAGGUGUUUAAGGAGGAGAAGUACCUGAGGGACGCCGUGGAGUGCAGCGACGUGAUUUGGCAGCGGGGCCUGCUGCGCAAGGGCUACGGCAUCUGCCACGGGACUGCGGGCAACGGCUACUCCUUCCUCUCCCUUUACCGCCUCACGCAGGACAAGAAGUACCUCUACCGAGCUUGCAAGGCAUGGCCGGCGCCAUUCACUUCCUCUCCGACAUCCUGGCCCCCGAGACAGCACGGUUUCCAGCAUUUGAACUCGGCUCUUCAGAGAGGGAUCCAAAGGUGCAAAAAGACUCCUAAGGGACCCGACGGGACCACAGGCCGCCAGGUUGCCUGGCGCCUGACACAGAAGCCACCGUGCAUCCUGAGGAAGGGAGGACGGAGGGAGCAGAGCCCCGCAGACCCCCGCCCCGCCAGCCUGCUGUGCUCCCCUCGCUGGUGUCAGCGUGACGUCUCCGUGUCCAGUGCUGCGUAAUGUUUGCAUGUCCCUCGGUGUUUGCUCUCCGUAGGCGUAGGUUGUUCUCAGCGGAAGCCCUUCUCUGUCCAUGAGCCCGAGCUGGCCGUGCAUGAGGGCACACAGCAGCCCCUUCUCCGUACCCAAUAAAGCGGGGUGCUUCUGUAUUGGCAGACAGGACACAGGCAGGUGGUGUCUCUCUUAUGUACCAGAAAGACUCUCUUUUAAGAUGCCAUCCCAGUGUGAGACUUUUCCCAGCAUUUCCUGUGGGACCCUUUUGGGGGAGCUUGAGAGAAAGACUGCUCCAGAAAUGAAAAGAAAUAGCGGAGGUAGAGGGGCUUUCGCUGGAGGGGGGCUGGGGAGCCUUGGCCCCAGUUGGACCAGCCCCUCUGUGGGUCUUAUGCUCACCUUCGUGGUUUUAGGAAGCCCGAGGGGGCGCGUGGCAGCUCUGCCGGGCUCCCACUCGCAGGCUCUUAGUGUGAAGUUCCAGACCCUUGAAAUCCAGGGCAGUCCGUGCCCUGGGGAGGGGACCGAUGACACCGGUGACGGCGGUUCGGGGGAAGCCUUGUCAUGGCCACAUGCGAACCAAGCAGUAGUGCCGUGUUUGUUACUAAACAGACUGCACCUCAGUUUUAUCAGCAUCGUAACGUCUUGUUCCAAGUUCAGCAGAUACAGUUCCGGAUGGGCAGUAAGCAGAAAGACAUUCACCUGUUCCCAUGUCCCUCCAAUUAAACUUAUUUCAAAAUUCGGUAGGCUCUCGAAGUAUAGAUUUGGGAUGAAUAUCACCCGUAGGUUUUGACUACUAUUUGGGUAGUAAAACUCUCACGAUUGAUGAGACAUAUUAACAGAAAGUACGAGCCUGCAUUUGUACCCUUGGGAAACAGGGUCCUAACCAAGGGAGUGAUGCUAGUGUCUGUCUGCCGUCUUGUGAACGGGCCUUCCUGUGGAUUGGCCUGCCGCCCCGGAUUCCGCAAGGCAGGUUGUCGCGGUGGGAGGUCUCAGACUCUGUACAGACUUUUCUUACGCGCUGAGGUGUGACCACGAAAGGCAAGGUCCUUGGCUGCAAGGGGGUCGCUAAAUGUUUAUCAGCCCCAGUUUCCGCUGCUUUCAUAGGGAAAAAGAACAUCAGUGCAAGACCGAGUGCUCUGCACAGGCGCGAACCUUAGGAUGCGGCUGAGGCUUGUUUGUGGGGCUGACGUGCAGACAUGUGACCUUCCGUUUCUUUUUUCUUUUCUCUUUUUUUCUUCCUUUUGUUUUUUCUUUUCAGGGCCUCACCAAGUCAUAUGGAAGUUCCCAGGCUAGGGUUCAAACUGGAGCUGCAGCUGCAAGCCUAUACCACAGCCACAGCAACUCAGGAUCCGAGUCGCAUCUGGGACUUAGGCCACAGCUCACAGCAACGCUGGAUCCUUAAUCCACCGAGGGAGGCCAGGGAUCGCGCCCACGUCCUUGCAGACACUGUGUCAGGUUCCUAACCCACUGAGCCACAAGGGGAGCUCCACCGAGCUUCGGUUUCUGAAGGACACUCAUGCGUCUCUUCAUUGCAGACGCUCUGAGUCACGACUGCACUUGUCGAGGUAGGUUGACGACCUCCGUGGGAAUAGAGCCUCACAGCUAUAUUUUAACCAGCUUCCUGGGCUGCUGUCCUGCUCGCCAGGCGGCCUGGGCCGGUCCCCUGACGGCCGGCGUGAGCGAGCCCGGGGCAGUUGGCAGAAGAGCUCGCCCGAAAUCACAGCCCCAGCGAACCGCCCGCAGCAGCCCUCAGGGCUCUGGCCGAAGGUUUUGCCCACGCGGCCUCGAUUCUCAGGGGAGGCCGGUGGGGCUGCACGGGAAUAGCAAGAGGGAGCCGCUCGUGGAGGCCCUGGUUCUGGGCACAUGGCUUUGACUGGAAGCAGCGAGGGGACCCUUUGUUCUCUGGGCAUCUCCCUGUGCCUGAGAACUGCUUGUCCAGCUUGCUUCUGCCUGACGCGGGAGGGAAAGAUGGACACUUGUGAGGUACACUGAGGAGGUUUUAUUUACAGGGGUUUUUAAGAAGCCAGCUGGGCCCACAGCCGCUGCCUCCCCUCGCUGUCCGUGACCGCGGCUGCUGCACCGGCUGGAUCGGCCACUCCGGCCCCGGAGGCAGCGGAAAAGCGGACGCUCGGAGCUGCUUGAAUAGUCCUAAUACGUGUGUGCGUUCGGAUCCCAGAGCACCCCCUCGUGAUUUCGUAGAUUUGUCUUUGUCCAAGUUUUUAAAAUCCUGUGUAUGCGCAACUGCACUUGGAAUUUGAAAGAAAAAAGAGACGUCCACCAGGAGUGUGUGGGCUUCUUUCUCUGUUUCGGUGUUAAGUAGAGAUGGCCUCGUGGUGACGUGUAUGGGGUCUUUGUCUGCGCUCCCCCCGGUCUGCCUUUGAGGGCGACAGCUGGGAGCCUUGGCCACCGUUCUGAGGGUCGUCUUCCUCCCUGAAGACGUGGCCAUGGCGUGUGACACGAUGGCCGAGAUGCUGCCUUAGAACGCAGCUUCCUCGUUCCCAGGCCCCCCGGAACCUGGCAGGGACGGAGAAGAGAAGCCUGUCCUGAGCUUGCAGGUGUCACGGGCCUUUCCAUUCAGUCACCCUGAACGGUCCCAGCACUGCUCUUAGCAUCCCUGUUUUAUCCGCAAGAAAGCUGCUGGCCUAGCCCAGGGUCACAGCUGGAAUGAGGGACGGUCUUGCCAGGGCCACCCUCCUGACUUGUACGCAGAGCCUCUUCCUCGGUGGGCCCGACACAAGAAGUAAGAAAUGGAAACCUGGGAGAGGAGGUCCUGUUGUGGCUCAGCGGUAAUGAACCUGACUGGUGUCCAUGGGGAUGCAAGUUCGAUCCCUGGCUUCACUCAGUGGGUUAAGGGACCAGUAUUACCGUGAGCUGUGGUGUAGGAGAUUCGACUCAGAUCUGGCUUUGCUGUGGCUGUGGUGUAGGCUGCCAGCUGCAGCUCCAAUUCACCCCCUAGCCUGGGGACUUCCAAAUGCACAAGGUGCGGCCCUAAAAAGCAGACAAAAAAAGGAAGCCUGAGAGAGGCCCUCAACCCCUGCCUUCCUAGCUGGCCGGGCACUGGAGCCAUUCAGAACAAUUCCAUUGUCGGGCAAGCUCCCUGGAGUGGAAUCACUUCAUUCGCUAAAAUCACAAGAGGAGGACCCAGGUGUAAAGUCCAAGUUCUUUAAAUGGCUUUUUACAGACUGUUCCUCUCCUUUCCUGUCUCUUCGCUGAAGCUUGAGGGGCCCUUCCUCUGGGCUCUCAAUUUGUCCGCGCCCAUCCAGCAUGACUGCCACCUCCAGUGUCUGUCAGCUUCUGUUGAGCUGGCCGGUAGCCCUGGAAGGCUGUGCUGCAUCAUUGCUUUUCCUGAUCGGAGGAGGGUUGCAGGCUCCUUCAAGGCCCCUGCUCCCUGGAGUUAGGUCACUCGAUGGCUGGGGCCAUCACAAAGUCCAGUCUGCAUCACAAGGGCCGCUGCCCGCAUCUGGAGCCAUGGAGAUGGGAGGCUCAGUCCUGCAUCCAGCAGGUGUUAGUUGCACACCUGCGGCCCGCCAGGCAUCGCUUUGGACCCGUCUUCCUGCAGCUCGCAGUCCAGCUGGAUGGGCACCUGUGGGAACCGAGCAGCCCUGAGGAUGGCUCCGGGCAGGGCAGGGGCAGCAGGCCUCCCUGUGUGUGUUCCUGGUACCGCAGGUGGGGGGCAGGGAGGGUUUCACAGGCAAGUGAUGGGUUCAGCCUUGCAGUGUGAUGCCCUCUGGCGGGAGGCUGGUCUCUGUCACCCAGGAGCCUGUGGAGUGACGGUCAAGAGCCAAGACUCUGGGGUCUGGAUGUUUGUGUUUGCCUGUGAGCUUAACCACUUGCAUGAGUUUGGAGAAGCCAUUUCCUGUGAAGUUUUUCUGUGUCAUCAGGACAACACUGUGUGGUUAGUGGGAGGAGAAUCAUCUAGCACAUGACCGCGCUCUGUGACGCGGGAGAGGACAGCGUUGGUGCUUUGGGGAGAAGAAACAGGCUAACUCUCCGAAAUAGUGACGUGGAACCCUAGCUCUGGCUCCCUGCCAGAUCCCGAGCCUCACCGCAAGCUGGGCCUUCUGCCUGGCUUUCAGGCAGCCGCUGUGUGCAUGUGCACACGAGUGCACCUGUGUGUGUGGGUGGGGGUGUGUGUGUGAUGCAUGCGCCUAGCCAAGCCAAGGUCCUUCAAGGGGCAGCGUUGCCACAGGGGCAAGGAGGAAGCAAGCCACAGUUUCAGGCUUACGCAAAAUCUGAAAGUUUGGAGAGCCUGGGUCCUCUGGCCCGUUCUUUGUUGAGUGCCCCCGGGGAGCUCCCCAGUUCUGUGACAGCUAGACUCUCGUGGCUUGUGUAGAAGCAUCCAUCAGAUGCAGUGCUGGUCACAUGUUUACAGGGCCCUUACCCCACUCCUGAUGGGGCUGCCAGUGAGAGAAACCAGGCAGCAUAGUCAUCCCCGCAUUGCCCACAUCCUGAGAACUGCCGAGGCCAGCUUUUCAUACCGCUUCUUUAGAGAUGCCAGAGGGAAGCUAUCAAAUGCCCUGUGCUCGGCCCCUGGGAACUGAAAAGGGGCUGGUGGACAAGCCCAGUCCUGCCCCCAGAGGCUCUCCAGGAGCAGGAAGGAGCAGGCUCCCUACAGCCGAGCUGAGAGCUCUGAGAGCUCAGGGGCAAAGGCUGUCAUUGCUCUGCCUGGACGCUUAAAUCACAGGCUGCUCAGAGACUGUGCCCCGAGGUCUCCCUCUUGACGUCUCAAGGCAUCUUCUGACUUCUAGCCUCAGUGUUGGGACCACAGGCCCACAGCAAUUCGUGUUUCUUUGUGCGUGAUCUUGGGUUUUCAUGUGAUUGCUUCGCUGAUUGUAGGAUGCUUCUCUCUGUCAUGAUGAUGAGCCUAGUCCUGGGUUCUGGUGAGUCCUUCCAAUCCAGAAAUGUGAGUGUUUCCAUUCUAGGAAGUUUUCUUGAAUCAUUUCUUAAAGUUUUCUUUCCCCUCCAC